ACUAAAUGGCCGAUCUUUUCGACGAAUUCAUCGAACCCGGUGUAAAAAAUGAGAUCAUGGACGUAGAGGAAGCACCGGAAAAUCCUAUGGAAAAGCUCGAUUCUGCAAAAAAACGUCAAGCACGAGAGGAUAUGACAAACUUACUGGCAAACAUGCACAAUGAUGUCGGAGUUGGAAAUUUUGAUGAAGCAACAUCAAAACGCGCUCGUGUCGAAGAGGAAGAGGAGGUCGAAGAAGCAAGAAUGGAAAAUAUAAUUGUCCAUACAAUCCGAACAGAUAAUGAGAAUUGUACUCAUGAAGUGGCAAUACCACCUAAUGCUGAAUUUGCUGAACUUCGAGAAAAUAGUGGAACAGAGCCUGCAAAAUAUUAUCCAUUCCAACUUGAUGCUUUUCAGAAACAAGCCAUCCUUUGUAUUGAUAACAAUCAAUCCGUUCUUGUCUCAGCUCACACAUCUGCUGGUAAAACCGUUGUUGCAACAUAUGCUAUCGCUAAGUGUCUCAGAGAAAAGCAACGUGUCAUCUACACGUCUCCAAUCAAAGCACUGUCAAACCAAAAAUAUCGAGAAUUGGAAGAAGAAUUCAAAGAUGUCGGAUUGAUGACUGGAGAUGUUACUCUAAAUCCAGAUGCAUCUUGUCUCGUCAUGACAACAGAAAUUCUCAGAUCAAUGCUUUACAGAGGAUCAGAAAUAAUGAAAGAAGUUGGAUGGGUAGUUUAUGAUGAAAUUCAUUACAUGCGAGAUAAAGAGCGCGGAGUUGUCUGGGAGGAAACAAUUAUUCUGAUGAGCAAGAACAUCAAACAGGCCUUCCUAUCGGCAACAAUUCCUAAUGCUAGACAGUUUGCACAAUGGGUCGCCAGCAUCAAGCAACAACCAGUUAACGUGGUUUACACAGACUAUCGUCCAACUCCUCUCCAACACUGGAUAUAUCCAGUAGGUGGAGAAGGAAUGUAUGAAGUGGUUAAUGUGAAGGGUGAAUUCCGCGAAGACAAAUUCAGAGACGCGAUGAGCGGAUUGGCAACAGCUGGAGAUUCUGCCGGAAGUUUCAAUAAAAGAAGAACUGGUGGAGGAACUCAAGGAGAUUCAAACGUUCUCAAAAUUAUUCGAUCAGUGGCUUCCAAUGAUGGCCUUAACUGUAUCGUUUUCUCAUUUUCGCGAAAAGAAUGCGAGUCGUAUGCUAUAAGUUUGAAAGAUAUGGAUUUCAAUAAAGAUCACGAAAAAGGAAUGGUCAAAUCGGUUUAUGAGAGUGCGAUUGCGCAAUUAUCACCUGAAGACCAAAAACUUCCACAGAUUUUGAACAUUCUUCCACUACUUCGCCGUGGAAUCGGUGUCCAUCACUCUGGAUUGAUGCCAAUUUUGAAAGAAACAAUUGAAAUUCUAUUCGGAGAGGGUCUUGUAAAAGUCUUGUUUGCCACUGAAACAUUCUCAAUGGGUCUCAACAUGCCUGCUCGAACUGUUGUUUUCACUUCAGCUCGUAAAUUUGAUGGCAGUGAUAACCGAUAUAUCACGUCAGGAGAAUACAUUCAAAUGGCUGGAAGAGCUGGAAGACGUGGAAAAGAUGAUAGAGGAACUGUUAUUCUUAUGGUCGACUCUGCAAUGUCUGCUGAUGAUGCGAAACAAAUUAUUAAGGGUGCUACUGAUCCACUGAAUUCGCAAUUUCGUCUCACCUAUAACAUGGUUCUCAAUUUAAUGAGAGUUGAAGGAAUGGCUGUUUCAUGGAUUAUCAAUAACAGUUUUCAUCAAUUCCAAAGCUAUGCUAAAAUUCCUGAAAUCGAUAAAAAAUGCGUGCAGGUUGAACGAAAGAUUGCUUCAUUCAAUUUCCCAUGGGAAAAUGAAAUGCGCACUUUGGUAGAUCUUCAAGAUCAAUUGGAGGCAACUCGUCAAAGAAUUAUUCAAAUUCAACGAGAACCCAAAUAUAUUGUCGGUUUUCUUCACGCGGGACGCCUUUUCAAGGUAAAAUCCGGUGAUCGUGAUUUCAAAUGGGGAAUUUUGAAUCAAUUCAAAAAAGAACAGAAUCCAGACGACCGCAAUGAUCAAAUUUAUCUGUGUGACAUGAUGAUUGCAAUUAACACAGAAGGUCGAUUUGAUCCAACAAAUCCCGCAACUCUUGUUCCUGGAUUCGAUUUGCCAAAGCGUCGCUGGAUUCGUGUGCCUAUGACCAUCGAUAGAAUCACUGCAAUUUCUGCUGUUCGCCUCAAAGUUCCAGCAGAUAUUGAUAAGCCAGAUGGACAAAUGCGUCUUGACGGUAUGAUGGCUGCAGCUACAAAGCGAUUUGGCAAUCAAAUUCCAUUAUUGGACCCCAUUCAGGAUAUGGAAAUCAAAACCGUGGAAAUGAAGGAACUGAUUGCACGCGAGAAAAGCUUGGAAGGACGAUUGGAGACACAUUCAAUGACAAAGCGUGAUAAUAUGAAAGAUCUCAAAAAACAAUUUGAACAGAAACAAGACGCUGUGAAAGAAUUAAAUGCUUUGAAAGCCGAAAGAAAAAGUGUACAAAGUACAUUGCAUUUGGAAGAAUUAAACAAUAGAAAACGUGUUCUCAGAAGACUUGGUUAUCUGGGAAACGAUGAUGCUCUUGUUCUUAAGGGAUCCGUUGCCUGUGAAUUAUCCGCUUCAGAUGAGUUGAUCUUGACAGAAAUGCUCUUGAAAGGAAUUUUCAAUACGCUUGAUGUCGCUCAAACGGCUGCUCUACUCUCGUGUUUCGUGUUCCAAGACAAAUGUGCAGCUCCGAAGUUGGCAACAGAACUUCAGACAUGUCUCAGUGAACUUCAUGAACAAGCUAGAAAUGUGGCGAAGGUAUCAAAUGAAUGUAAAAUGGAAGUUAUGGAGGACAAGUAUGUCAGUAGUUUCAAUCCUGGACUCAUGGAUGUCGUAUAUCAAUGGGUUAACGGAGCUACGUUCAGUGAAAUUGUCAAGACUACGGAUGUUUUUGAAGGCUCAAUCAUUCGAACCUUGCGACGGCUGGAAGAAGUUCUACGUGAGAUGAUCAACGCCGCCAAGGCUUUAGCGAAUAAGGAGUUGGAGCAAAAGUUCGAAGAUGCUCGAAAGAAUUUGAAGAGAGAUAUUGUUUUCGCUGCAUCUCUCUAUCUAUAAUUUAAUCGUUUUUAAAUAUUUUUAUUUGUUGUUACUUCCCGGCAUUACAGUAUUCUGAAAGUCCCCAUUUCUUUAUGCUUUGUAAUUCCUUGUUGUUUUAAGUUUAUUUGGAAAUUCAUUAAAGUUUUGAAAACAAUU